CAGUUGAUUACAGCAUGUUGAUAAACUCAAACUCUGCCUCCAUGGACUCCCAGAAUCCUUUGCGGGACUGGACCUCUUUCCUGUGAGGACGUAACGAGCAGCAUCUCAAGCAUCCCUCUGACCGCUUACUGAAGCCGACAACCAUGGCCGAUGUUAUGGAGGAGAAGAUUAAAAACUACAGGACGGCUCCCUUUGACGCCAGAUUCCCCAACACAAACCAGACCCGCAACUGCUUCCAGAACUACCUGGAUUUUCACCGAUGCAACAAGGCCCUGUCAGCCAAAGGCCAGGAUGUGUCUCCCUGUCAGUGGUACCAGAGGGUUUAUAAGAGCCUCUGUCCAAUGGGCUGGGUGGCUAAAUGGGACGACCAGAUAGAAAAUGGAAGUUUUCCUGGAAAGAUCUGAAGUCAGAAGCUCCUUUCCGGUCGUAAUGUUGUUACUCCAAACCCGUACCUCUGUAGUAUGGCUGAAGACAUCUCCAUCACAUCCGUCACUUUGUCAUCAGUGUGACCAAUUUAAACUGUAAACACGCACAGCUGUUACCAUGUGACGGUUUAGUUUUUCUCCCUUUAUAAUCUAUAGAUUAAGUCACAUUGUUACAAAGUUUGAGAAAUGUGUUUAGUUGUAGCUUUUUGCCAGGCACAGUAAACAACAUUUUCAGCAUGUGUCGGUUCUGGUGGAAAUGUUACAAAUUUCUUUCCCUUUGUCGUUGUUACUUUAACCCAGAUUGCUAAAUAUUUCAUCACAGAAUCAGAUAAAAUCAUCUGGGAACUCACAGUUCAUUACUGAAAGGACUACCUCGGACAUUGUGUUCACAUGUGUAGUUUGGUCAGAUUCAGAUUUCAUUGAGUUUAAAACAUUUGUAAAAUAAAAAUAAAUGUUUCAACUCCUA